UCAUGCAGUUUGUUUGCGAACGUCCGUCGGAACAGUUCAGCGAUGUUAUUUUAGUUGAGUUUACGAGUGCAUAAUUCGGUUUUCCCAAAUUUUCCAAGCGGAUUAAAAGUUUUCGAGCUAUUGAUAGUGAAACACGCAAAGUAUAAAGUGCUUAUUUAAUGUAAAGAAGGAAGUUAAUCAAUCGUUCGGGAAAAUAAUGUCAUAUUUCGACGAUGUUAGAUGAUGUGAUGUGAAGAAAAAAGAAAAUAUCAAUAAUUCCAUGUUUAUGGCAGUUCAGGGAAUUGCAAAAAAGUUCAAAUGAGUGUCUUACAAUACAGUUACAGCUAAUUGUGCUUGGUGUGAAUGAGUGAAAGAAAUCCCCUUUCCUCCAGCUCAAGAUUAUUUACCGAAAAUAAUUGCUCAGCCUAGGAGGGAAAAGCUAGAAGCUGCUAGAUAAAAUAUGUAAAUUAGAUUUUAAUUUCACUGAACGCAAUGGUUUUUCAGAAAGCACCGAUGCGUGAAUGCCUAGAGCUGUGGUGGCCGGAAUGGCUCUAAGUACAAGGGUGCUGCCGUUCUAUUAACAGUGUGAAAUCAACCAGCGCAUCAAUAGCCAACGCAACAGUCAUUUGAACAGCGAAUGGUUGUUUUUUUUUCAACCGACUACCAUAUUGGAUCCGUCUAGCCUAGCACUUGUGCUUUCAUGUCGUCAUAGCUAAGUGCUUAGAAGCGAUCUUACUUCGAUCCACCCGAGUGAAACUCUCACAGGUAUCUACACAAGUGUUCUGUACGAGAAGUUGAACCUAAACCGGUUGCUGUACGCCAAUUACUGCAAAUAGAGUCAUGGACAAACAGAACGAGGUUCUGCUGAACACGUUCGUUAUUUCCAAGAGGAAAUACCGAGUGUUCUACAAUGCCGGCGUGCUGGUUUGGGAAGCUGAGAGUUCGAAAAAAGGCAAAAUUACGGUACCGCUAACUGAUAUCAUAUCAGUAGCGAUCUCCGCAACCGCAAGUGGACGACCGCGGGGCAACAAACAUGAACAUUCCACCACCUACGGAACCACCUCGAGUACACAUGCCCCGAUGAACGAGGACAUGGAUUUCGACCGGAUUCCAGUGCUGCCAAGUUCAGCUUCGAUAUCGACCAAUGCAACGAUCAAUACCAUGACCACCAGCACCAACAUCAGCAAUCAAGUUAACUCUUACGACUUUUUAAACAACGAAGAUAACGUCAUAGGCGGAAGUGGCACCUCCAGUCUAAACUACCUUAUCAUACACUACGCGCGACUGGUGUCUCCCUCGAAAUGCAAAUGGAGAGUUCAGCAGCUAGUGCUACACAACGUCGAGCAGCGUAUUGUAAAAUUUUGGCACAACCGUCUCUCGGAAGAUAUCGGAGAACGAAACCGACCAAAAAGUUUAUUACUGUUCCUUAAUCCGUAUGGGGGCAAGCAGAAAGCGUUUGCAUUAUUCGAAAAAUACGCCAAACCCCUGUUUCAGCUGGCCCAGGUCGAUGUCAAUCUGAUAAUCACCCAGAGGGCUCAGCAAAUCUACGACAUCAUGACGUCGCAGGCGAUCAAUCUGAACAACUACGACGGGGUGGUUUGCUGUGGGGGUGAUGGAACCUUCGCCGAGCUGUUCAACGGUUUGAUUUACCGCACCAUGAUCGAUAUGGGAAUGGACAUCAACCGACCACCCUUCUUGCCGAAACCUGGAAUUCCCAUCGGUAUCAUUCCGGCCGGAAGCACCGACACUGUUGCCUAUUGCUUGAACGGAACCACUGACAUAAAAACUUCCAUCAUCCACAUAAUACUGGGACAAUCGUACGGACUGGACAUAUCUAGUGUUUACAACAGCAACGAUCGUUCACCUACAGCCUCGGAAUCUUCUGGAAAUUUUGAUGAAUCCAUACCUAAAGGCAAUGAAUCACCGAAAAUUGACAGCAAGAGGCCUCGUCUACUGAAGAUGUAUGCGAGCGUUUUGUCAUAUGGAUUUCUCGGAGAUGUUACCAUGGAGAGUGAAAAAUACCGCUGGAUGGGGCCGAAACGCUAUGAUUAUGCAGGUUUCAAAAAAUUUCUACGAAAUCGCGGCUAUCAGGCGGAUAUUAAGAUACAGGUCGAAAAGGACAUAAUAGAUAACGUUCGAGUUGAGCGCAACAAUCCACACGAUGGGUUACGUUGCUUGGAUAAUUGCCAACGAUGUCAGCAGGCUGGAUCAAAGGCGAUGGCUCCGAAUAAUCCUAUUGAUGACUGUGAUACUGAAGAAUUGACCAUCAGCGGAAAGUUUCUGAUGGUCAAUGGUGCUAACAUUUCUUGCUCAUGCUAUCGAAGCCCCCAGGGCUUCAAUCCUUACUGCCAUCUCGGCGAUGGCUAUCUGGAUCUGAUACUUGUCCGGCAUACGUCCUUUUUCAACAACAUUCGCUUGCUGCUUGCCAUGUCCUCGAAGACGAAAAAAAUAAGUGAUCUACCUUUUGUAGAAAUCUACCGGACAAAGAAAUUUACUUUCAAUGCCACCGUCCCCGGCAGUUCUGGUGCCGGUAAUACCAGUAGGCAGAAAUUUGCGACCGACGCACAGGGCCACGGUCAUGACAAUGCAGCGGUCAUAAACGACGAGCUCUUGAAUCGAACGACAAGUACCAUUAGCGCCAGCAGUACACCCAACUCCAGCCGGCUAUCGACGACGCCUGGUCAUCGUAGUGGCCAACAAUUGCUGUCUAAAUGGAACUGUGACGGUGAAAUUCUUAUGGGCACCAAUGUAACCGUGGAGUGCAACUGCCAGUUGAUCAACGUUUUUCGCCGCGGGAUUAGCUGCGCGGACAACAGCAGUAAAUUAGCCGAUUCCAGUGUGCUCAGUUGUUGUGGAUUGUGCUAAUAGGUAGGUACAUUGAAGAUGACAAAGCUGGUCGAAAGCCAAUGGGGAAUUGAAAGUGAUACCGGAUCAGGAAAAGAAAAACAGCAUUCAAAUUGUGUCUCUAGCUAGAGCCACUACUAUCUACAUAGGCAUUGUUAAUCCUGUUGUUAAAUUUACUCCCGUAUCCGUAGUUAAGUAGAUUCAUACGAUAUAAAACCUGCCUGUGAUUGGUACUUUGACAGUAUAGCAAAUGCUUAAACAUUUUACUGAAUUCCAACAGUUUAAUUUAGCUUAAGAAGACCAUUUAAAAAUGAAAUUUUAAUAUAUGACUAGACUAUGAAUAAAUAGCUAAACUCCCGGCCAUAAGUUUGGGAUCACUCCCUCAAAAACAUGAAAAUUUUGAUCGACAAUAUCUCAGACAUUUUAUCACAUAUUACGUUUCUUUUAAUCUCAUUUGCACCGCUAUAUCUCUCUUGUUUCUCAACCGAUUUUUACAAAAUUUAUAGUUUUGGAGAGCUCGUAAUGUAACUUAAAUUCAGACAAUAUUCUUCUACAACAUUUCAGUUUUCCGUUAUUCGGUCAGAAUGUUUGAUAAAAUUAUCAUAAAAAAUAUCAUACUUUAGCUACAUUUAGUCUGAAUAUCGUAUACAAAAAUGUGCAACUAAAAAUUCACAAAUCAAGUUCAACUCAAUAGCUUCCAAAUAAGCUUGCCAGAUAAACAAUACAUUAUUUGAAAACGGAGAUGCGUGUGCAAUAAAAAUGUGUGUUUUAGAAAACCUUAAGGUCUCGAGUGCAACUUGAUUUUUUUAUAUUUUGUCCACCCAUCCUGAGAUAAUCGGGUUUAAAUUUUGAGUGCAGUUUUUGGAAAAUGUUCUAACUUUAAGCGUUUAAGUCAUAUAAAGUUAACAUACAAAUUUUAUCAAAAACAUACGAAUAAGGUUUUGCUCACGAUAUUUGCAAUGAAUGGUUUUGAGGGGGUUAUCCCAAACUUAUGGCCGGGAGUGUAUAUCAAUAAGAAUACAACAAAAUAUACUUACGUAUUUAACACUUAUGCCACUGGAGAUUUGUGAGAUCAGAAUUAAAUGGAUCAUUUUCGAAGAAACGCAAAACAGGCAACGGUAGAUUUUAAAUUCAUAAAAGAAAUGGUUAAAGAAAAUAGUCAGAGCAUGCUCUAAAGGAUGGUAAAAUUUUGAACCUGAGACUCAUAUGUAUAGAGAAUAAUUUGUAAUAUCACUGUCUGUUUUAUGUUUCAUCAAACAUGUUUAGUAAAGUGCAAAGCAAUUACUUAGGUGUAUGGAAUUAUAACUUAUCAUUUAUUUAGUAUUCUGAGAAAAAAAAAGGAAUUCAAUCAGUUUUAGCCAUACAUUCCAGAAACAAUAUCUAGUAAGAUUACCAGGUUCUGAAGCUGUUUUAAUAUCAUUUUAAUUAGAAUGAGUAUUGCUAGCCUUACAAGAAAAUGGAACGAUUUUUUUUUUAUUUCAAGCUUACUAUAUAUAUAUAGUUAUUCGACCUCAUUUUACAGAAGACAGUUUUUAUGUCUGAAAAUUUAUAACUUAGUUGAAAGGUUGAAAUUUUUGGGAAUUUUUUGUAGUAAAUUAAAGUGAAUAAAAAGAUUAAAAACGGUAUGGUUUCAAAUAGACGCAUCUAAUACUCGUGAAAUAGAGAGUAGUACAGUGUAAAAAUGUACUGGAUCAAGAAGAUUUCUUUAAAAAAAAAAGAGAUAAACGCAAAUGCAGGCUUUAUUAAGCUGUAGAUAGAGAGAUACAUUAGGUAAUUUUUACGAAAUAUUCGGUUGCAAAACAGUUGCAAGUAAUAGGCAUUUUUUAAUUUGACCGAAAUAUUUACUGGACUAAAUUCUCAAUAAAACUAUUUUUCUCUA